UUAUUCAGUCAUUACCUAACCUCUCUGCGGCCCUGCUCUCGUCCGAAUCUCCAUACGCAAUUCAUAGUUUCUCGCAGCUUCUGUUUAGGGCUUUCUCUGCAACCACUAAUUUGAUUCUCAUCUCUCCGAUAUGGCGACUGCUUCUGUGGCUUUCAAAUCCAGGGAGGACCACCGAAAACAGUUGGAAUUAGAGGAAGCCCGUAAAGCUGGGCUUGCACCAGCUGAGCUUGAUGAAGAUGGCAAAGAAAUCAACCCUCAUAUUCCUCAGUAUAUGUCCUCAGCGCCAUGGUAUCUUAAUGCUGAGAGACCUAGUCUGAAACAUCAAAGGAAAUGGAAAUCAGAUCCAAAUUACACGAAAGCUUGGUAUGACAGAGGUGCAAAAAUAUUUCAGGCGGAUAAGUAUAGAAAGGGUGCAUGUGAAAAUUUGUGGGCUAUGACACAUAAUGCAAAGACAUGCAUGGAGAGACCUCGACAGAAGGGAGCAAAAUGGACAAGCAUGCACAUUGCGCCUGACGAAAAGAUUGAGACCUUUGAGCUGGAUUAUGAUGGCAAACGAGAUCGCUGGAAUGGAUAUGAUGCUGCAACUUAUGCUCGGGUCAUUGAAAGAUAUGAGGCAAGGGAUGAAGCUCGAAGGAAAUAUUUGAAAGAACAGCAACUGAAAAAGUUAGAAGAAAAAAACAAUAAGCAGAAUGGGGAGGAAGAGGUUAGUGAUGAAGAGGAGGACGAUGAAGAUGAUCUGAAAGUUGAUGAAGCCAAGGUUGACGAGAGCAAACAAAUGGACUUUGCAAAGGUUGAGAAACGUGUCCGAACUACUGGAGGUGGAAGCACAGGAACUGUGAGGAAUCUGCGUAUUCGGGAGGAUACUGCAAAGUAUCUCUUAAAUCUUGAUGUCAACUCAGCCCAUUAUGAUCCUAAGACCCGAUCAAUGCGUGAAGAUCCUCUUCCUGAUGCUGACCCAAAUGAGAAGUUCUAUGGAGGAGAUAAUCAAUAUAGAGUGAGUGGUCAAGCCUUGGAGUUCAAGCAACUCAAUAUUCAUGCUUGGGAAGCAUUUGACAAGGGGCAGGAUAUCCAUAUGCAAGCUGCUCCAUCCCAAGCUGAAUUGCUGUUCAAGAAUUAUAAGGUCAUCAAGGAAAAGUUGAAGUCCCGAAUGAAAGACACUAUAAUGGAUAAAUAUGGUAAUGCUGCAGCUGAAGAAGAGCUGCCCAGGGAGCUUCUUUUGGGGCAAAGUGAGCGGCAGGUUGAAUAUGAUCGUGCUGGCAGAAUUAUAAAAGGCCAGGAGACAGCUCUUCCAAAAAGCAAGUAUGAAGAAGAUGUCUACAUUAACAAUCAUACAUGUGUCUGGGGCUCAUGGUGGAAGGACCACCAGUGGGGCUAUAAGUGCUGUAAGCAAAUGAUACGAAACAGCUACUGUACAGGUGCGGCUGGAAUUGAGGCUGCUGAAGCUGCAACAGACCUCAUGAAAACUAAUAUUGCUCGUAAAGCAGCCACUGAAGAGGAUCCUGCCCCAGUGGAGGAGAAAAAGCUUGCUACUUGGGGAACUGAUGUGCCGGAUGACUUGGUUCUUGACCAGAAAUUACUUGUCGACGCUCUUAAGAAGGAGGAUGAGAGAAAGAAAGAAGAGCGGGAUGAAAGGAAGCGAAAAUAUAAUGUCAAAUGGGAUGAUGAGGUUACUGUUGAGGAUAUGGAGGCAUAUAGGAUGAAGAAGAUACAUCAUGAUGAUCCCAUGAAAGAUUUUCUGCACUAGUGUAGACUCAUGUUGUAGCCUACUCAUGUUGUUACCUAGAAACACUUGUUUGCAUAUUCCUCAGGUGGACCAGAAUAUAUAACGUUUGUAAAUAAUGCUGUUAUGUGAGCUUUAUAAUAUUUCUGAAAACAGGGAAUAUUAUAUAUUCCUCAGGUUGAUUUUUUUUUU